GUCCUUCCCUAAGAGGUUCCCCGUGCUCUGUAGUGGACAUGAAGAAUCAAACCUUUUUUUCCUUGGUAGUGAUUGGUCACCACCCUAUUGGUAUCGUUCAGCCCUAUAAGGAAUGCUUAAACUUUCGUGCCUCCCAGUGGCGUAGACGCGGAUGACGGGAGCCUCCUUGUGUGGGGUGGAAGAUAGCUGUCGCCCAUGGGAUAGAAGUCCCUGCCACCCUUGACGUGGUUAACUAUUGUAACUAGCGUCCCCUAUUACUAGGAAUAUAAGUGAUUUAGCUAGCUCUUCGAAUCAGUCCCGAGAAAAAUAGUAGAAAAAAAAAAAAAGAAAAGAAAGAAAUCGGUUCCUUCUUCAUAACUAUCACGCCUUUUCAAACCCUUCCGUUGGCUCCCCUCCACCAUGAGCGGUAAGACAAGUAAUGACAAACCGCAGUCGGCUAACGAGACGGCCGACUUCCAAAAUAAUGCCCUUGCACAGCAGUAUGGUGGUGGACAUGUCGGCGGCUGGGUUGGCCGUUUGCCCUCAUCGUGGGUUCCUUACGUCCAGCUCGCACGACUGAGUCCUCCUGCAGCCCUCUUCCUUAUAUAUUUCCCACACUUCUUCGGCAUUAUACUUGCCGCCAUCAUUCGGGGAUCUCCCAUCUCCCAGGUGCUCCGAGCGAGCUCAAUCAUGCUUGGCGGUAGCUUCUUUUUCUCAAACGCGGCUCAUGGCUGGAACGACCUCAUCGAUGCGCCCGUCGACAAGUCAAUACCUCGGACGAGCAAGCGUCCUAUCCCCCGAGGUGCUAUCACACCUCGCUCCGCUUUCGUUUUUACUGCGAUACAGGCUAUCGGCGCUGCCUCAUUUCUACUCCUAAUGCCUCCCGGAAGCGCGAUAUACGCCAUCCCGAAUAUUAUUGGUACGUUCUACUACCCUUGGGCCAAACGGCACACCAACUUUGCGCAAUUGGUACUCGGAUUUUGUUUGGCCUGGGGUAUCAUGAUGGGGUCAUGCGCAAUGGGUGCCGAGCCAUUUAUGGGGGGACCCUUUGGGAGCGGAAACGGAUGGAAGCAGUUCUUCUGGAUCGAACCGUCAACCACGUGCCUCUUCCUCGCAAGCAUUCUGUGGACGGUUAUUUAUGAUUCAAUCUAUGCGCAUCAAGAUGUCAAGGAUGACAUCAAGGUGGGUUUGAAGAGCAUUGCUGUUCUGCUUGAGGAUUGGACGAAACCGUUUCUAUGGCUGCUCCUUAGCUGUAUGAUCGCACUAUUAUAUACGUGCGGAAGUCUCCUGAAAAUGGGCAUCGCAUUCCACAUAAUCGCCGGCGGUGGAUCCUUGCUUUCUUUAGGUGCUAUGAUCGCUAACGUUGAGUUGAAGGAUUCAGCAAGCUGUUGGUGGUGGUUUAGAUAUGGGUUCUGGCUGGCAGGCGGAGCUAUCGCCGGAGGACUUCUCUCGGAAUAUAUUGCGAUGAGAUUAGUGUUAUGAAUGUGUACCUCUUGCAGAUUUCCAUCUUCUAAUAUAAGACUAAGAGCUAAAUUAAUAAUAAUAAUAUAUUUUA